GAUAGUCGAAGACUCGAAGAAAUGGUGUUAAUGCGUUCACUCCAAAAUUGUUUGAGACGGAAUCCAAUUUUACAUCAAUUUCUAUUGUUCUUUCGAAUGAUCAUUAUCAUUGGUUGUCUUGUGUUUGUUUGCAUUGGAUGGACUCGUUCAACCAUGAAGUAUGUCUCUGGACAAACUUCCAUCAGUAACGUUAUCAAUGAAACGGACUUGCAUCGAUUUCCGUCUAUCUCGUUUUGCCCCAAAUUCCGAUAUCAUCAUACCGUGAUUGGUGAACUGGAGAAAAUUGCCAAUGCCACGGGGAUAAAAUCCAUUGAUGAAAUGGACUUUGACAUGCUCUUGAGCAAUAUGACUUGGAAAAGAGAAGAUUUCUUAACCUUCUUCAGUCAUCCCCACGGAUUGACGGGUAAUCCUGCUAAUGGUUUGCAUGUUUUAAACAAUGAUUCCUUGUGGGAAACAACGAUCCCGCAUCCUCUUUCAAGUGGACGUUGCUUCACGUACAACCCUGACUUUGAAUCUUUGGCAUCGAAAUGGUUUGGAGUGAGGUUUGGGAUCAAGCUGCCUGGGACUGAAGAUCUCCCGGAUGAAGUCAAAGUCGCUCAGCUCCAAUCUCUCAAGAUCUUCAUUCAUGAGCCAGGCCAUUUUAUGUUUUAUGAAGAGGAUGAUCGCCCUCACUCCCAUAAAUUGGACGUGUCAUGGUUGAAGUUAGGCCAAGAGAAUAGCCUAUCGCUCAAGUACUCUAAAUUCACAUCCUUGAGCAAAGACGAUAGGAUCUGUACCAAUGAUGAGGUCAAUUACGUUUUCGGAGAUUGUGUCAAGAAAAAGUUUGAUACCUGGCGGGGUUGCCAAGCUCCUUGGGACUUCAAAUCUACUUCACCAUUACCGGUAUGUAAUAACAUCCGAAAUAUAUCAAGGCUCUUCAGCUCGAUGACCCCGGAAUCCGACGCAGACAUUAGUCAAUCUUUCUACUCAACUCUCGGACUAUCACUCCACACUCAGUGUUCCUUGCCCUGCACGGUGUCCAAAUUUGAGCCUCAUAUUUCCUCUUACCCUCCUCCGGAUUGGUAUAAGUGGAUGGACAAUGGAGCGGAUUGGAUAGUGUAUUUAUGGUUCAAAAACUAUCAGUUCCAAUAUGACACGGAAUAUGUGGUGUGUGACUCUACUUGCCUCCUCGGCGAGAUAGGCGGAAAUCUCGGCUUUUUCUUGGGAGGAUCAGUUCUGGCUUAUAUGAAUACCAUUGUUCAACCCUUGCUGAAUGGCUAAAGUCCUUGAACUCCGUUUUCGUUGCGUAAAGUCAUGCAAUCCCAGUUCCAGUUAUUGGAAGAUUUUUGAUUUUGAAAAAUGUUCCUUCAAAUCAGUUUUGGAUUUGAAGUCUGUGUCUUUCGCUUACUGACUAUUUAGAUACAUUCAAGGCCAAAAACCUUAUUGGAAGUUAAUUUUGUGAUUUCUUAUCUUAAGAAUUUGAGAUUCCAUUAUUUUAGUGGCUAUUAAAAUCCACUGCCCACAAACAAACCAAAUAUAUUAAAAUGCAUGGCAUUAUUCAAAUUUAAGAUAAGCAUUUUUUUUAUUUUGGUGCAUAUUCUUUGAUGUAUAUUCCAAAUCAUCUUCCCACUGAGUGCUGAGGGGUCAAAUGUUUCAAAAAAUGCAAAAAGUGGAAAAAUUAGCCGCACAAUAUACGAUACUUUGAAUUACAUUCCAUAA